AUGAGCAUUGGAGUGAGUAAGUCCUUGCCGGUGGUGGUCGUCGGCCCUUGCGCCGGCAUCGUCCAUCUCUCCUCUUUCGACAGGUGCAUAGCUCCUAUUCCGGUCACGCUGCUCCUUGUCUUCGACCAACCAAUCGACGGCCCCGUCGAGACCAUCAAAAAAGCGCUGUCGCGGGCACUUGCGCACUACCCCCCGAUGGCCGGCCGCCUCGCUGCCACCGGCGACGACGGGGAGCUCCACAUCGCCUGCACCGGCGAAGGUGUCUCUUUCGUGGGUGCGGCAGUUAGCUGUGCCCUGGACGACGACGAGGUCACGACACCGGCGCUGCUCCUCGGCGACCUCGCCGUUGGCUACCCCGCCGAAUACUGCGGCCUCAGCGACGCCUUUCUACUGAUGCAGGUGACCGAGUUCUCGUGCGGCGGAUUCGUCGUCGGCAUGACAUGGAACCACGUCAUGGCCGACGCGGCGGGGAUGGCGCAGUUCCUGCAGGCCGUCGGCGAGCUCGCUCGGGGGAUGCCGGCGCCGGCCGUCGUUCCGGUCCGGUCCGAAAUCGACGGCUCGCUGCCACGCCUCCCGCCAGCGAUGGUCGCCGCUGUGAGGUCCCAGAUGCGCAUGGAAACGGAGGAACUGGCGAGCCUCGACGUCACCAUCCCCUCGAGCUUGGUCGGCCGCAUCAAAGCCGAGUGCGCCGGCGACUGCACGGUGUUCGAAGCCGUCGCGGCCGUGCUCUGGCGGUGCCGCACCCGCGCGGUCAUCUCCGAUUCCGAUGCUGACACCGACGACCCUGCGCCCCUCGCCUUCCCAAGCAACGUGCGCGGCCUCGUCGGCGCCAAGGAAGGCUACUACGGCAACUGCGUCACCAUGCAUCAGGUCCAAGCGACAAGCGGCGCGGUGGCGAGCGGCGACAUCAAGGACCUGGUGAAGCUCAUCAAGCUUGCAAAGGAGAAGGCGUCGGACAUAUUCAGGAGCAGCAGAGAUGCCGUCAGCGGCGGCGAGAGCGAGACAGAUGCCGGCAGCAGUGGAGAGCAGCCGCAGCUGGCACCCCCAUGCUCAAGGUACAACACGCUCAGUGUCACGAGCUGGAGGAACCUUGGGUUCGAAGCCGUGGAUUUCGGGCGUGGGACGCCGGCGCGCGUGAUGUGGAAGGCGCAUCAGACGGUGGGUUUCAUCUGCGUUGUGUGCCCGCCGUGCAAGGGGGAGGACGGCGUCAACGUCGUGUCCCUCUGCGUCAAGCCGGAGCACGCCGACGCCUUCGUGGCGGAGUUGGCCGCCCUCAACAUAUAAUGCGAACUGCAGAGUGCAUUUACAAUUCCCAGCUUUUCACAUUUCAAAAUUCAAAUCUCAAUGUGAGAUCAUCUCUUUCUAACCUUCCAUCAUCGAAAGGAGCAUCUGAACCCCGCCCCCCUCGCGUCGCUCGCGGAGCGAGCGACCGAGAGGAUAACCCUAGCCGUAUGUGACUAGACAUGGCGAUAAGGGCAUGUAUC